AUGGCCACUCCGGUACAGCCCGCCGCGUCUCCUCCUCCUCGCCCUCCGCCGCCGCCGCAUCGUCCUCACCACGACACGACGCUCACGCUGGCGCUCGCGCUGCCGCCUCCCCCGUUCGCCUGCGCGCUCUCCCCGAGGCCGCUGCAAGCGCGGAGGCCGCGGGCGGACGGCGUCGCCUCCUCCUCCUCCUCCGCGUUCGCCAGGGUGCGGUCCUCGCCAACGGGGGACCCGCCGCCGUGCACCGAGUGCGGCAAGGAGUUCACGUCGUGGAAGGCGCUGUUCGGCCACAUGCGCUGCCACCCGGAGCGCCAGUGGCGCGGGAUCACGCCACCGCCGCACUUCCGGCACCAGCACCGCCAGGCCGCGGGGGACCAGUUCACCGUGCAGGAGCGCGAGAUCGCCGCCAGCCUGCUCAUGCUCGCCGGCGCACGCCCCGGCGUCGGCAAGGGCAAGAAGAGCACCCUUGUUGCCUCGUCUAGCGCGAAGAAGGAGAGCUGCAGCACGCCGACUUCUUCGCCGACGACGACCGCCGCCGCGCCGCCGCCCAGGUGCGACGGCCACAAGUGCAGCGUCUGCGCUCGGGGGUUCGCGACCGGACAGGCUCUGGGCGGGCACAAGCGAUGCCAUUGGGAGAGGGCUUGUGACGAGGGGAUGGAGGUUGCAGCACCUAGCAGCUGCAGCACGUUGGCAACGUCAGGAGCGGCGCCACCGUCCACCACGCUGGACCUCAACCUGCCGCCGCCGGGGACGAUGCCGCCAUUGCCACGGAAGAUCGACGAGGACGGAAGCGUGAACCCGGCGCUGGAUUUGAAGCUUGGGUUCUAG